AUGGUCGCUCUCUUGAAAGCUCUCGGCUUGGGCCUUCUGGCCAGCCCCACAUGGGCUAUGGACUAUAAGGAACCCUACCGACCCCAGUUCCAUUUCUCCCCUGCCAAAGGGUGGACGAAUGACCCUUCUGGGCUAGUAUACCACAAUGGAACAUACCACCUCUUUUUUCAACACAAUCCGGCGGGAAUUGAGUGGGGUAACUUGUCCUGGGGCCAUGCGACGAGUCAUGACUUGACUCAUUGGAAAGAGGAGCCCGUUGCCCUCCUUGCCCGAGGUUUCCCCCAAAAUGUGACUGAGAUGUUCUUCACUGGCAGCGCCGUUGCCGACGUACACAACACCAGUGGGUUUGGAGCCAACGGCAAGACCCCUUUGGUUGCCGUGUACACUUCCUUCUACGAUGUUACGCAGACUCUACCUAGUGGCAAGAAGGUGAAAGCCAAUCAGCAAUCCCAGUCAAUUGCAUACAGCAUAGACGAUGGUAUGACAUGGACAACCUAUGACGCCGGAAAUCCUAUUCUCCAAGUCCCACCAGCACCAUACCAAGAAGAAUGGGAGAACUUUCGAGACCCAUUCGUGUUUUGGCAUGAACAAACCCACAAAUGGAUCAUGGUGACUGCUGUGGCCAAGUUGCAUAAGCUUGUACUUUGGACCUCCGGCAAUUUGAAGGACUGGGAAGUUGCGAGUGAAUUUGGGCCAUUCAACGCCGUCGGUGGUGUGUGGGAAUGCCCUAACUUAUUCCCUCUCGCUCUCGACAACGAUGCGUCGAACAUAAAAUGGGUCUUAGUGUUGGGACUCAACCCUGGAGGGCCACCAGGCACAGUCGGUUCGGGAACACAAUACUUCAUUGGGGACUUUAACGGAACGACUUUUGUUGCCGAUGAUGAAAGUGUUCACCCGGGGAACAAGACCGCGAAUUGGAUGGAUUGGGGUCCAGACUACUACGCCGCUGCUACAUAUAACGGUCUGCCGGACACUGAUCGUAGUGUGAUUGCAUGGAUGAGUAAUUGGCAGUACAACGCGAAAAUCCCAGCAUACCCUUGGCACGGCGGAAUGGCGACUCCUCGACACCUGUCCUUGAAGACAAUCGGCCAGAAGCCAACCUUGAUUCAGCAACCGUAUUCCAACUUGGAAUCGAUCGAGAGCCACCCGAGAAACUCAGUUUGGAAGUCAUUCGCUGAAGGAAAGAAGGAUCUCGGCUCUGUGGGUAAAACGCUAGAUAUCGACUUGGAAUUCUCUCCCUGCGGUGCAGCUGAGUUCGGAAUCAUUGUCCAAGCGACCUCUGACUGGAAACAGCAAACCCGAAUUGGCUACAACGUUACAAGCCAGCAUAUCUUCGUCGAUCGAACAAAGUCAGGUGAUGUCUCUUUUGACGAGACCUUCGCGAGGGUAUACCAUGCGCCAUUGGUUCCAAAUUCCGAGGGAAUUGUACACCUUCGGAUACUGGUCGAUUGGUCGAGUGUUGAAGUAUUUGGAGGUCAGGGAGAGUCGACUCUGACCGCCCAGAUAUUCCCCAGCAGAAAUGCGACUUUCGCGCAGCUAUUCUCGCAUGGUGGAAACACUGAAAAUGUCAAGUUUGGCAUCCGGAAGGUGUCCUCGACUUGGAACUAGAAAAGCCAUAUGCAUUGGAGAUAAUACACUGCAGCAAGAAAACAUCGCGCAGAUUCCCAAAAUAGAUGUGCAAGGAUCCCAAGUGGUACCCUAAAAGUCGUCCAAGUUUCUACAUCAAACGAAACGAACCAAGUUAAAAC